AUGAAUGAACGGGCCAAGCUGCGAUUCUUCUGCGACGGAUUGCCGCGUGAAAUUUGGAGACGCUGCAAGGACGAGCUGCGGUGUCUCAAGUGCACGAAACGGUACAGCGACUGGCGCAGCCUGCGAAAGCACAUGAACUUCUUCUGCCAGAUGGAACCGCUCUACCCCUGCCCGUACUGCCCCCACAGAGCCAGGAUACCCACCCUGUUGAAGUAUCACAUUGUUCGCGAGCACGUAGGACCCACCUCGAUCGAGGAGACGCGAUUCGAUCCGCUCGCGCAGCAAUUUGAGGACCUCGGGGAGUACGUGCAGGGCAAGCCUAACGUAUGCCCAAAAUGUGGAAAGGGCUACGCGUGGAAGGCGAGUCUCCAGCGUCACCUGAGCACCGUGUGCGGCACGCGGCCCAAGUUUUUCUGCAGUCUCUGCGGAUACAAGACCAAUCGCAAGGAUGUUCUGGUCAGGCAUAUACGGCACGUGCACGGCACGAAAUUGGAGUAG